CCGCGGCCGCCGCUGCUGCCGCUUGCGCUCGCGGUGCGUGCCUGCAGCGUCUCCCAGCGCUGCACUGCGGCGUCGCCGAUCUGAGCCGAGCGCCGUCACACCUGGUGGGACCGAGGCGAGCAGUUUGGCGAGAGAAGCAGCUCGACAGUGAAGCGCGUUCUUCAAAAGCGUGUGCGCGAGACAAACAUUUUUGCUCCAGAGUUAAUCGCUCGAGGAAUGCGGUUUCAUUAGGAGGGCUGCCCAGACCUGGAAGUUUGCACUAAUUUCAACUUCAAGUCAACUUUCAGCCGCUUUCCAAGCAGAGAAGGGAUCAUGGCUACAGGCGGGUUCAAGUCAAACGCAGCCACGGACUUUUUGGAGGAGUGGAAGGCGAAACGGGAGAAAAUGAGGGCCAAAAUGCUGGGGGACAUUGCGGCAGCCUCCGGUGUCCCCCUGAACCCCAGCAGCAGCGGCAACCCGGACCGAAGCGCCUCCGCUGGGAACUGCCGCACCUCCUCCUCCUCUUCCUCCGCGGUGGCUCGGUCCCCGUCCGGCGGCGCGCUGAGCAGAGCCGAGGAAGAGGCGCACCACCCGGCCGCGCCCGCAGCCUCCACCCCUGCCGCCCAGGGGAGCAACCUGAAGACGGCCCCGCCUCAGACGGAGAAAGCCCGGUGCGCUUCGCCGGACUCCAGCGCGAUGAUGGCGUGCAACGACAGCGACAAGGACAGCCCGUCUCCAUCGCCCAGCAAAGGGAAGGAGAAGAAGAACCCCGGGCCGAGCGCAAGGAAGGGGAAAGGACAGAUCGAGAAGAGGAAGCUGAGGGAAAAGAGGAGAUCAACAGGUGUUGUCAGCAUACCGUCCAAUGAGAGCCUGGACGAGCUGGAUGACGAUGAUACAGGAGAGAAAGACAGAAGGGAGGAGGAGGACCUGGUUCAGGCCAACACGUUCCACAACGAGUCCAUGACAGCUGACCCGGCCACAGGCUACCUACAGGAAACCCCGAGAGCUGGGCCUGGACGUUAUACAAGCAAUCCAAGACAGGCGAUGGAGGAGGACGCUGGUGGGAGCAGCAGACAGCGAGAAAGCCGUCAAAGCAGAGAGGCUGGAGGUGGAAGUCUGGAGAGGCGAGUGGAGGAGCUGGAGAGGGAGCUGGCCAUUGUGCUCCAGGAGCAAUCCAGGUUGCUGAAGGCCCUGCAGGACAAAGACGAACUCAUUGAGAAGCAGAAAGAGGAAAUCGAAUUGCUGAACCUGGACCUGGAUGAGAUUGAGGAUGAGAACGAGCAGCUCAAACAGGAGAACAAGACUCUGCUGAAGGUGGUGGGACAGCUGACGAGGUAGAGCUGCUGCGAGCGGCCCGGACACCGAGCACCGACGUCCUGCUGGAGGUCAAAUCCUGCAGCGUAGCCUUCUAUCUGUUUCAUUUGGAGUAGAUUACUUUAGCUUGCCGUCAUUCUAGUCGGAUGCUGGUCAUUUGCCCCAUUUUCCGUUCUUUUUCUUUCAUUUUAGGGAUGUUUUGUACCCAACUUUUUCAAGUAUUAAAUGGAGCCAAUUGGAUGUUUCAUAGGGACUUCGUCUAUCAGUAACUACCAGGGAGAAGUUUUCUACACAGUUUGACAACAUAAUAGAGUUUAAAGUAAUUUUCCACAAUCUACUCCUUGUCCUUUGUUAGGAAUCAUGGUUCUGUGACUGUAAUCCACAAAAAGUGCCAGCAAGAGGAUGCGUAGUUGUUCUGGUUUGAUCAUAGGGGUCACGAUCUGUAAUAUUUAAUAACAGAUCUUUGUGGCUUAACCAAAAUAAAAGGAGUUAGGAUCAAGUAGAGGACUUUUCAGAAUAAUAACUUCAUUUGAAAAAUGUAUGAGAUGGUUCAAUGAUUAUUUAUCCUGAAAAAUAAUUUCAAGGAAGUAUAAAGUGAUGCACAAUGAUUUGUGUUUAAAAUGGACAGAGGAAGAAGUGAAACGGCACACCUGGGUACGAAACGAGAAAAAGGGGCAAAUUUACCCAGAUUCCUUAGAGACUCACAGACUUAAAAAUAUUUUUUUUCCCCCAAUUGUCAUGAAUUGAGUGGUGGCGGUGGUCUGACAUCUUAUACAUAUUUAAUGUAAAUGUGUUGUAAAUAACCUGUUUAGAUUGUUCAUUUUCUAGAUUUCUGUUAAUGCCUGAAAAAAAAAUUUGAAUGUAUGUGCUGCAACAACUAAGCACAAAAAAUAUCUGUUUAGUGACUAAAACUUUCACCAUGUGCAAACAACCUUGAGUUGUGCAAGCCAACUUUAAUAAAGAUCUCCAGCAUUUGGACCAAAUUAAACUUUAUCACUGCAACCGUAUCAGCAGCCAAAGUGGGCUUAGUGCCUUGAAGUGCAUGAGACUUUUUUUUUUUUUUUUUUUUUUUU